AGGAAAAGAAAGCUGAAUUUGACCAGAGAUUAAAAGCAACUAAUGAUAAAGUAGACGUAACCAACAAUGACGAUGGUGAGUUAUUUGGGACCGUGAAUUUAAAUAAUCAUUGUUUACUAUAUAUUUUCCAGUGCAACAGUAUAAGCAAUAAUAAGAGUUACCUGCAUAAUAAAAAUUUAGAAGUUCUAAAUAAGAUGUAUGAUUGUUUAGAAAAAUAUUCAAAAUUAUUUUUGGACAUAUUGUUCGAAUUGAACAAUAAUGGUGGAAACUUCUCAGAUUCCGAUAUUAGGGAUGAGGUUGUAACGAUGAUGACUGGGGGUAGUGAAACCAGUGCUAUCACAAUCUGUUUUUGUCUUUUGAUGUUAGCUAUAGAUCAAGAUAUACAAGAUAAAGUAUACGAUGAAGUUUACGAUAUAUUUGGGGAAAGUGACCAUAUAAUAACUAUUGAAGACACUACUAGACUAGUGUAUUUAGAACAAGUGUUAAAAGAAACCCUUCGGUUAUACCCUGUAGGACCAGUGUUACUCAGAGAAAUUCGAGAAGAUCUUAAAAUAUUUUCAAAUGAUUACGUACUGCCAAAAGGAACAACGUGUGUUAUAAGCCCAAUAGCCACGCAUCAUAGUCCUGAUUUGUACCCAAAUCCUUGGUCUAUUAAUCCUGAAAACUUCAGCCCAGAAAAUGUCGCUAAACGCCAUAAAUAUAGCUUUAUUCCUUUCAGUGGUGGUCCAAGGGGUUGCAUAGGAUCCAAAUAUGCCAUGAUGUCGAUGAAAGUCACUGUGUCAACAUUUUUACGACACUUUAGUGUGCAUACAGACAUCAAAUUAACAGACAUUAAGUUAAAAAUAGAUUUAUUGAUGAGAAGUGUUCACGGUUAUCCUGUUACAAUUCGACCGCGAGACAAAAGACCAACAUACUACAAUAUGCGAAAUCAAAAUAAGCAAGGAUAAUGCGCAGUUGAUUAAUAUGAUUAGUUUAUUACUUUUGAGUUACCUGAAUAUAAGUUUUAAUAUUAGUGUAUCAUGUUUAUUAUUUAAUACAAGACAG